AUGGACAAACGCACCGGUAGGCAGCUUGACGGGUAUCAAACAGGUCGAGCAGGAGUGAGCAGACAAGGCGAGGGACAACAACGUGAUCGGCUUACCGACAUGUCGCAAGCAUUUGCAAGCUGCACUCAGAGCAGAUUAAGCUUAAGGAACAACGUGCACGAAAGGCUGGGCCCAUGA